AUGAGCAAAAGAGGUUUUCUUGACUUGGAUGACGACAACUUUUGGGGAAACGAUGACAGCAAGGCUGAUGUGACUAGUGAGCAAGAAGAGAGAGAAGGAGAAACGACUUCGUGUGAUCUUGGGAAAGAUGCGGAGAACGGAUCGGAUGAGCCUCAAGAGGACACGGAGGGAGCUUCUAAAGCUGAUUUAGACGGUUGGGAAGACGUAGGUGAGAUGAAGAAGAGUCAGGAUGCAAAGAUUGAAUCUGGUAAGUGCAUUUUUGUCUGA